UUACAUUUCUCUUUGUUGGUUUGGUUCGGCGGGACCGGAUAUCUCAAUAAAGCAUUCACCGGUACAGAUCUUAUUUCUUCAUUUUCCCACAAAAACCCUAAUCGGCUGCUUCUCUCUCUCUCUGUCUGCUUCAUUUGAAGAUCUCCAACCUUGUAACAAUGACUUUCAAGCGCAGGAACGGCGGACGUAACAAGCACGGCCGUGGACACGUUAAGUUCAUACGGUGCUCCAACUGCGGCAAAUGCUGCCCUAAGGACAAGGCUAUUAAGAGGUUUCUCGUGAGGAAUAUUGUGGAGCAGGCUGCUGUUAGGGAUGUCCAAGAAGCCUGUGUCUAUGACCAAUAUACUCUUCCUAAGCUUUAUGCUAAGAUGCAGUACUGUGUCUCCUGUGCUAUUCACUCACAUGUUGUGAGAGUUAGAUCUCGUACCGAUAGAAGGAAUCGGCAACCACCACAGCGUUUCAUCAGACGCAGGGAGGAUCAGGCAAAACCUGGUCAGCCAGGUCAAGCACCUCGACCCGUUGGAGCUGGAAAUCCUGCUCGUGUAUAAAUGAAACCUUUUCAUGGCUUAAUACGAGAUACUCAUAGGGAUCUUUCAGAGUCGCUUCACUAUAGUUGGGUUGUUUCUUUUGUGGAUGUAAGUGAAUUUUUGAACAUGGAAACAAACUUACCCGAGAAUUUUGCAAUUUGGUAUGAGGUAAAGACCGUUUUUUGAGUUAAUGGUUUUUCUUCAGUUUUCUUGUU